UUCAUUUCUCCUCUCCUUCUCAUCUCUGUGUUUUCUUCUCUUGUUUUUGAUUCCCCACUCCCAUAUAUUUCCAAAAAAACCUUGAAACUUUUCUAAAAGAGAAAAAGAAGCCUCAAAUUUAUAUCAUGGUUUUCUCAUCUGUUCCACCCUAUCUUGAUCACCACAAUUGGCAUCAUCAGCUUCCUCAAUCUAAUCAUCAAGGGAUUGGAGAUGUUGGCGUCGGCGAUGGUGAAAGCCCUAAUUUUCAAACUCCUGUUCCGCCUCCAGCAUCUGGUGUUGGAGGCGGAACAGGAGACGGGGAAGGCUCGAUCAAACCAGGAUCUAUGGUAGAUCGAGCCAGGUUAGCCAGGCUACCCUUACCCGAGCCAGGGCUAAACUGCCCGCGAUGCGAUUCAACCAACACAAAGUUUUGCUACUUCAACAAUUAUAGCCUCACACAACCUAGACACUUCUGUAAGACGUGUAGGCGUUACUGGACUAGAGGAGGAGCUUUGAGAAACGUUCCGGUUGGGGGAGGUUGCCGGAGAAACAAACGAAGUAGUAAAGGUAGAAGCUCGAAAUCGCCAAGCCAACCGGGGCCAAAAUCGCUAAGUGUAAGUCCACCAAGAAGUAGCUCUGAGAAUUUGACAAAUACUCAAAUCCCACAUCCACCUUCACUUCACUUACCCUUCAUGAGUUCUCUUAGCCAAUAUGGUGGUCAUGUUGGUGGCAAUCUUAGCUCAAGUAUUGCUGGAUUUCAGCCUCAAAGUGAAAUAAGAAACUUUCAAAUAGGAAAUAGUAGCAAUUUUAACAACAUUUUAUCAAUUGGAGGUGGAGAGAGUUGGAGACUCCCCUUCUUACCUGCAUUUGAAGUACCAAACCACACUAACCCGUUUAACUUCCAAGCCAAAGGCGUUGAAGCGCAAUCGUCUUUGAUAGAUGGAGGUGACACAAGUUUAAACACCAAUUCGGGUAUCGAAAACCCUCAGAUUGAUCGCGAUCCUGCAGUGAAGGCUGAAGACACUCCAGGCGUAAAUCUAUCAAGACAGUUUUUGGGUAUGAUGGAGAAUCCCAAUCCACAACCAUGGGCUGGGAAUUCAUGGGCAGAAUUUCCUGGUGUCACCACUUCCACAACACAUUUCCUAUAAUUAAGCAUGGUUCAUGUUAUCAAAGUGAGUUAACAUGGAUCUUCAAACCCUAGCUAAUUCUUAGCUUACAUGUAAUAUGAUCAAUUAAUUAAGACUUCACGUUGCAACGUUUGAUCGCUGAAGAACUGCAGGAGAAACCAUCGUAGGUAUACCUUAUAUGUUCAGUUUAAUGUGAUAGUACUAUAUGCAUGGUGUUGGUUUAUUCUAUUAAUGCGUUUGAGAGUUUCCUUAUACUUGGGAAGUGUUCUACGAAUGUGUGUGAGAUUGUGUGAUACUAUGUUGAUUAUGCUAUAUUACUGACAUUGAACAGCUGAUUUCUCUAUGGACAUUAUACACCUUUGAACU